CAGGGGAGGUCACUUCUAGCCACACACACUUCACCCUGAUGGUGAACCCCCCCCACACACACACACACAAAACCUACAGCCCCCAACUCUAAAUAACACUACCUGUACACCAUGAGCUUUGUGGCUGGCCAUCUGUCUAACCACACCUCCGGAGUCUCUCAGUGUCAGCACCAGCUUGUAGCAGGACUCUACAAAACUUUUCGACAUAUAGCGUAUGGUGAGGAACGAGCUGACUCUGGAUCAGCGUGGGCGCCUUGCUCUGGGCUGCUGUGUGAUUUAGAUGCUCUUUUCACACUUCUGCAUUAUCAAAGCAAUGAAACGACUCUGACUUCCUCUAGAGAAGAGCCUCGCGCUGAAUUUGGCUCUGCAGACUCUCAGCACAGUGCAGCUCGGGUGAGGUCGCUGGACAGCAGCUUCCCGAUUCAGGGCUCUCAAAGUAACUUCCACGGUCUGAAGUCUCGGUUUAAUGGUCCUGCUGACUCGUCUGUGCCCCCUCUACUGAACAAACCUGGCUUUGGAGCCCUCAGCAGCCUCCAAGUGAAGCCAAGACCUCCUGACGCACCCACUCCCCCGAAUUCCGGCCUCACCCCCAAGCCCAAACCACCCCCCAAUAAGCCCAGCAUCAACGCUGCCUCCAUGGAUACGAGGUUUAAACCACCUGUCCCACCAGGGAAGUUUUCUGGUUCCACUCCAUCACCCAACAAACCAGCCAAUUCCAUCUCUGCCUUGAAGGAGUCGCUAGAGAAGGGUGGGCAGGACAGUGGGUCACGACCUUUGCCCACUACAACCCCCAAACCAGCAAAAUUUACCGGGACACGGAACCUGACAUCUGAGGGAGAAAAAACGCCUAAAUUCCCCGGUGCACGAAUCCCACCAGCUGAUGGAGACAAAACACCAAAAUUCCCUGGUGCACGGAUCACGUCGGCUGAUGGAGGGAAUACACCGAAAUUCCCUGGUGCACGGAUUACGCCGGCUGAUGGAGAAAAACCACAAAAAUUCCCCGGUGCACGAAUCCCACCAACUGAUGGAGACAAAACACCAAAAUUCCCUGGUGCACGGAUUACGCCGGCUGAUGGAGGGAAUACACCGAAAUUCCCUGGUGCACGGAUCCCGCCGACCGAUGGAGAAAAAACACCAAAAUUCCCUGGUGCACGGAUUACGCCGGUUGAUGGAGAGAAUACACCGAAAUUCCCUGGUGCACGGGUCACACCCACCGACAGCGAGAAAUUCCCAGGUGCACCAAAAUUCCCCGGUGCACGGACUACGCUGGCUGAUGGACAGAGUACACCAAAAUUCCCUGGUGCACGGAUUACACCAUCGGAUGGAGAGAAAACGACAAAAUUCCCUGCUGCACGGACCCCAUCGGCUGCCGAGGAAAAACAACCAAAAUUCCCCGCCGCAUCUGGUCCAAAACCUCCAGCUCCCUGGAUGAAGCUGUCUCAGGUGAAACAGAGCGAACCAGAGCCGCAGAACGAACCUUCCAGCCAAAGCCCUGCCCACAACGACACAGGCUCCACCCCUAACGCUGCAGGGCUCGUUCAUAUGCAGAAGAAGCUGUUCAUGGGCAGGCAGAACGAUUCAGAGUCGCCUAAAGAAGUCUCCACCCCUAAUGUUCUAGGCGCUCCUCGUAGUUCUGUAAGUUCCAUCCACGACGUGGAAGUGUCCACGCAGCCAAAGAAGAAGCCCUUGCCCGGCAAGGUGUCUUUGGGAAUGUGUCCGGCAAAGCCCAGGAGGCCACCUCUUGUGGACCUGCAACUGUUCAAGAACCAUGGUUCCGUCAGCUCCAGUGCUGAUGACUUCCCUCCACCUCCUCCACCGGACCCUCCAGCAGUCCCACCACUUCCACUGAGGGUGGUGGAGGAGGAGAGUUAUGAUGACGUUGGAAUGAUGAACACAUCUCAGUCUAAACCAGGCCAAAUCAGUGAGGAGGUUGAGGACGAGUUUGAUGAGGACUCGGAGACGUAUGAGGACAUUGAGGACAGAUGGCCGGACGCAGAAAACGAGAAACCAAGCGAAACCAAAGACUCAGACAAGUCAAAGAAGGACAAGGAGUUAAAGAAGCAGCAGAAGAAGAUGAAGAAGGAGGAGAAGGAGAAGGCAGAGCGGGAGAGGAAGGAGAAGAAGGAGAUGGAGAAGAGAGAGCAGGAGGCCAGGAAGAAGUUCAAGCUGAAGGGUCCGGUGGAGGUCCAGCUGAGGGGCACCGCCAAAGCGGACUGUAAAGGCAGUAAAACUGACCUGGAGCUGGACAAAGGAGAGCCGCUGGAGAUCAUUCGCAUGAUCGGCAAUCCUGAAGGACACUGGCUCGCCAGGGACAGCCAAGGAUACUAUGGCUACGUGAAGGCUGAUCUGGUGGCCGUUGAGGGUAGCGACCAGCAGCCAGUCACUCAGGACGUUUAUGAUGAUGUAGCAGGUCCUGAUCAGCCCAACAGUCCGACUCAAGAGCCGGAGGGUGACGGUGAUAUUUAUGACUGUGUGGAUGACGGAGGUUCAGAUUCUGGUUUCCCCCCUCCUCCUCCUCCUCCUCCUGCUGACGGAGACACGUAUGACGACGUCAUCUCGACGUCAUCUCUGCCCAGUCCUCCACAGGUCAAAACUGAUGAAAUGGACGCAAAGAAAAAGAAGAAGUUUGAGAAGGAGCUGAAAGAAUUUCGCAAGAAGUUUAAGUAUGAAAAGGAGAUCCAUGUGUUGUAUGAGGUGACUGUCCUGCCUGUUCUGGCCUGUAAGAAGUUCGGUGGUAAGGACCUGGUCAUCAAGCCUGGUGAUGUCAUCAGCGUGAUCACCGAACCAAAGGAUGGCAAAGUCAUCGGCAGAAACAGCGAGGGCAAAUUUGGGUUUGUGUCCGUCAGUAACUUCCAGCAGGAUUCUGAUAUUUAUGAUGAUGUGGGAGAAGACUGUGUCUAUGAUAACGACUGAGCGGAGGGGAACCUCAGUACUGCUGGAUCAGUUCUGUCACUGCAGCUCUCCGGGAAUCAGGACUACUAACGCAGAGCUAAACUAACCCCAGUUCAUUGAUGACUGUUUGAAUGAUGUACUCUUGAUGUUGCUCUGUGUUUCAGUACUGCUAUAAAAUCAUAUGAAAACCAAAAAAAUGUAAACCUGCACAACCUGAGAAUAUUAAACCUGUGUUAAUGAGAUAUUAGUCUCAUUUCUCUAUAUGAUCCUGGUAUUUAUCCAAAUAAAGUUGAAGUUCGACUCAA